UCUGGCGGGGGUGGGGCGGUGGCCGUGGCCGGGUUGGGGGCGGUGGCCGGAGCGGAGGCGGUGGCUGGGGCGGCUCUGCCGGCGUCUGCGGCCGCGAUGGGACCGACCGAUUGCUACUCGUCCGUCGUCCACGGUGGCCACCACUCCCCCCCUCCUCCGCCUCCCCCCGUGGCGAAGUUCCUCUCUCACAUCCUGCGGCUGAUGGUGUGUACGCACGACAAGGUGGGCCCACAGAUCCGCACCAACAUCAAGGAGCUGGUGGGCCUGGAGCUGAGCCCGGCCCUCUACCCAAUCCUCUUCAGCCAGCUGAGGGCCAGCAUCAGCAAGUUCUUCGAUGGACAGGGACAGGUACUCGUAACGGAGUCCAACACGCUGUUCGUGGAGCAAACCAUCGCCAUCGUCAAGAACCUCCUGGAUAAUGGCAGUGAGGGCUCAACGGAGCAUUUGGGGCAGGCCAACUUCGAGGGGAUGCUGCUCAACCUUGUUAGGUACGUGCGUGUUCUGGGCAACUCCAUGCACGCCAUUCACAUCAAGACCAAACUCUGCCAGCUGGUCGAGGUGAUGAUGCAGCACAGGGAUGACCUCUCCUUUUGCCAGGAGAUGAAGUUCAGGAACAAGUUGGUGGAGUACCUCACUGAUUGGGUCAUGGGAACAUCCAAUCAGGCGGCAGACGAUGACGUCCGUUACAUGACCAGGGACCUGGACCAGGCUAGUAUGGAGGCUGUGGUUGCCCUCCUGGCUGGGCUUCCUCUCCAGCCGGAGGAGGGCGAUGGUGGAGACCUCAUGGAGGCCAAGUCACAGCUCUUCCUGAAGUACUUCACGCUCUUCAUGAACCUGCUCAAUGACUGCAGUGAGGUGGAAGAGGAUGGUGGUGGUGGUGGCGGUAGUGGCGGUGGCGGUGGUGGUGGCGGUGGUGGUGGUGGUGGUGGCGGUGGUGGUGGUGGUGGUGGCUGUAGUGGGCGCAAGCGAGGAAUGUCUCGCCGGCUGGCAUCACUGCGGAACUGUACCGUGCUUGCCAUGUCCAACCUGCUCAACGCCAACGUGGACAGCGGGCUCAUGCACUCCAUCGGCCUAGGCUACCACAAGGACCUCCAGACUCGCGCCACCUUCAUGGAGGUGCUCACCAAGAUCCUACAGCAGGGCACGGAGUUCGACACGCUGGCCGAGACGGUGCUGGCUGAUCGCUUCGAGCGACUGGUGGAGCUCGUGACGAUGAUGGGAGACCAGGGGGAGCUGCCCAUCGCCAUGGCACUGGCUAACGUGGUGCCCUGCUCUCACUGGGUAGGGCUCGCUCGCUCACUCACUCGCCCACUCGCUCGCUCGCUCGCUCGCUCAGUCACUCGCUCAGUCACUCGCUCAGUCACUUGCUCGCUCAGCCACUCGCUCAGUCACUCGCUCGCUCACUCACUCGUGACGAUGAUGGGAGACCAGGGGGAGCUGCCCAUCGCCAUGGCACUGGCUAACGUGGUGCCCUGCUCUCACUGGGUAGGGCUCGCUCGCUCACUCACUCGCCCACUCGCCCACUCGCUCGCUCGCUCAAUCGCUCGCUCACUCACUCACUCACUCGUGACGAUGAUGGGAGACCAGGGGGAGCUGCCCAUCGCCAUGGCACUGGCUAACGUGGUGCCCUGCUCUCACUGGGUAGGGCUCGCUCGCUCACUC